GUUACUUGGCAACCAGGAAAAUAAACAGUUUCAGGAGCAGCCUGCUGGAGAUUGGAAUCGCCAACAUCUUCCUGACUGUGUCUCUUGGAUCCAAAUCUAAUACUUCAUUGGGAAAGGAUGUGGGCUCUUAAAUGCUAUAAAUGUGAGUGCUGUGGGAGUGAUUUUGUCAGCUGCAAGGCUCUGAAGUAUCACUUUCGACAGAAGCAUUUUGGAAAAGCUCCCUGUGAAAAAUGUGGCCAAGAAGUCCUCAGGGAAAACCUGCAAGAUCACAGUAAGUCUGUAUAUGACAGGUCAGCCAUGGAGAGACACAAGCUCAACUGGGAAAAUCUAGAAGAAAGGAAUAUAAAGCAUAUGGCUACAGAGAUAUCAAAAACCUGCAGGAUGUGUUCUAGGCACUUUGGAACAGUCUUUAGUCGGAAGAACCAUGAAAUACAAGAGCAUCACUUCACAGCCAAUAAAAGAGCCCAAAUGUCUAUAGGAUUUUCCCCUCAGAAUAUGCUGGAGUGUAAGAGUCCUCAGGAGCUGCAGAGAUUCGCAGAUGAAAAUAUCCACCCAGCCCCGGGUGCUCUGAGGGCCGCCUGCGUGGCCGAGGUCGGGGCCCUGCUCCAGCUGCUGCGGGCCUGCUUCCCGGUGCCCGCCUCCCGGGUGAUCCAGGGUGGUUCUUAUGUAAAGGGGACCGAUACCCAAGGACGCUCUGAGAUCGACGUCGUGUUGCUCAGUGAUGUGUUUGCCAAUGUGAACCAUUGCAAGAAACAACUGAGAGAAGGGUUGGACGCUCUGAGAGAAAACUUGAAGCAAACUUCACGUGGAAACAGGAUCCUAAUGGGAAAGAGAGCAUCAUUGUCUUUAAGAUUUAAUUUUUUAUGUGCGGAAGGUCUUCACAGUCAUUCCUUUGAGAUCAUGGCCUGCUGUGACGUCCUGGGGCCUGCCCCCUCCACAGAUUUGAGACUUCACCUUUACCGCCAACUGUACCUCUGUCACGACAGUGAAAUGGCACAGCUGUGGGCCUUGGCCCUCUUGCCAUACCAAGUGGAUUUUGUCAAGGCAUCUGUGAUGAGGGUCAAGGAGCUCAUUCGUUUAAUGGUACACUGGUUCAGGACAUCCUUUGCCAACUCCACGGAGGAAAACAAGUUCCGGAGACUUCCCUCAUCCUACACAGUGGAGCUCCUCACCAUUCACAUCUGGGAACUGGCAGGAAAGCCCCUGCUCUUCAGCCUGGUGCAGGGAAUGAGGGCAGUCCUCAAACUUCUGGUUCGAUAUGCAGAAAUCGAUGUUGUUUGGCACAGACACUACCAUCCCAAGUUUCCCAUUUUUGUAAAGGUGAACCAGAAACACACAAGGCCGUUCAUUUUAGACCCUGCCAACCCUACUGUCAACGUGUGUGACACCUGCAAUGCCUGGGACGAAGUUGCUCUGGUGGCGAGACAUAGCCUACUGAAGCCUCUUUUCAGCAGAGUGAGGGCUGAGCCCCCUUGGCUUUUCACAAACAACUGGUAAACUGGAUAAGGAGCUACUGUCCUUGGAUUUCCAUGAAGAAAAUAAAAAGGAUGCAAAACAUAUUCCCGGUUAGAGUGCUCUGGAGGAAAGGCAGUAUGAGGGAAGCUUGUCUUAGCUCUAAAUGACUACCUUAGUGACCCAGUCUUUAACAAACAUAUCGAUGAGAGUCAUCAUUUAGGAUAAACCAAUCCACUUCAGCCUUUAGGAGAAUUGGAACCUCCUCUCCUUUCCUUUUUUUUUUUUUUUGGAUUUAUUUGCUUUGGUGGCCUUGUGGCCAAAACACAUUUUAAAAAAUCUAAGUAGCCACAGUGAAUAAAUAAAUAAAAUUCCCAGAUCCUUUCAGAGAAGAUUAACUGAAAGGGUAAAAUCA